AUGUUUUGCCUCCUUUGCGUGGGCUUUUACGACAACAUUAAAGCAGAGGCAAACAAGGUUGGCAACACCGUCGAGAAGCAGAAGAAUAUUUUCCAGGUGCUUGCAAUUUUGAACUUUAUGUGCCUGGCAAUGCUAGCACUUGCAUCACGUGCAAUGAAGAGUGAAUCAAUCUCGAGGCUUGUUGACGAACAACUGGUCAAUGGGAAGUUUCGGGAUCAUUUCCUCAAAGACCUCCGGAAAAGCUACAGCAUCUCAGUGCUGCUGCUACUCUUGGUGGUGCUAAUAUAUGGCAUUCUAAGCCGGCUUUCGCAACUUCCUCAUCCAUCAGCCUUCGUUUUGGGCUGGAGUCCAGCUUUUUUUUCUGCUUGGGCGCUGCUGCAGCUGCUUACCUUCAUCCGACUGUUGGCUUCGCUAGCCAUGAACAAAGUAGAAUGCUUCUACACCGAGCUUGAAUCUGUAGGCAAUGGCUGUUUGGAAGCUCAUAAUUUUGCCAAGAGUAUGCUUCCUGGACAGUGGUUGCACCUUCUGCGAGAGCACCAAAAAUUGCUCCGCCAUUUGAAAGCAAUGUCCUCAGCGAUCUUUGCCACCGUCUUAGUUUUCCAAAACGUGGUUGCAGGCUCGAGUUUGCUGCUCAUGUGGGUCGCACGGGCAUACCAAAAAGAUGCUGUACCAUCCACAGGCUAUGUGCUCCUGGCCUUCACCCUGAUGUGCUCUGGCAUUUUUGCUAUGCUGCCCCUCGCCUUCAUCACUGAUUUAUGCCAAUCUCGUAGACUGGGCAGACGCUCACUGCUGAACCUGGCAGACAAGUACAGCGGCUGGCCUAUGUCAGCUGAAGUGCAUGCAGAAUAUAUGCGUUUCAUGCAACACAUCAUCAUGGCAGAAGCAGGAAUCUAUCUUCCGAAUAUGGGUAUGGUGACGCGGGCAUCCUUGUCAAACCAAAUCAUGUUCUACGUCAAGGUCCUUCCGCUGGCUUUGGCUCUGACUGUGGGCUGGUGGCGGCGAGGGUGA